AAUGGCUCAAGAGAGGAGACAGAGCAUGAUACCUGACAUUUUUCUGAAGCAACAAAAGAAAGAAAAAGAUGUUAAUAAGAGGAGAAGAAGUUCUAUUAAGAAGAAAAGAAUCCAAACUAAUCUUAGUAAGCUAAAGAACGGAGUCAACACAAUUAUUAAAAAUACUAAAAAGUAUAACGCCAAUACUUUGGAAUCUCUAAAAUAAGCCAUCAGACAACUUAGGCAUCAAGGCAGAGCCUAAAAUUGCAUCAAAUCCCAUCAAUUUUAAUGAGAGAAAUCGAAGGAAUUCAGGGCAAUCAAACAUCAGCAAGAAUUCAACUUUUUCCAAAAACCCAUGGGAGUCAUUAAAAAAGAAAUAUGCGAGGAAAAUGAAAAGGAGAAUGCUAAUUGAUGGUCCAAGAAGCAGGCUUCAAAUGAAAAUGCAAUACUUCAUGCAUCCUUACCACGCAAAUGUUCUUAUAGAGAAGAAAGGAAUGAAAUUUAUUGAUGACCAAUCAAAUUGGGCACCAGUUGCUCAUUUUAUAUUAAGCGAGAAAGCAUCACGAUUCAAAGAAACUAUGUAUAAUUUCAUGUUCCCAGACGUGAGAGAUAGGAUUCUUAAGAUUGACAAGAGAAGAAAAGGCACUUCUGUGAUGGAAUCAAGUUGUGGAAUAUCUUCAACUCGUUCUAUUCCACCCCAUCAGGCAAUACUAGUUAGCACUAUUCAAAAAGCGGUCCAAAUGAAUCAACAAGAAAAAAAACUAACGUCGAGAUAGAUCUGAAACAAAGAAGGUGUAGUUCUUAUGGAGGAGUGGUUAACUCCAAGAUACAAGAAACUCCAAUUCGACUAGCUCAUCAGAGGUCAAACUUAUCUGGGUUUUCAAAUAAUAUAAAUUCAAAAUUUUCAAGUUUCGGAAAGCAGGGUGAAAAGCCAGUGAAAUCUAUUCAUUCUGAUUCUGGGUCAAUUUCAGACUCUCUUAACAAAGAUAGCUCUAAUGAACAAAAUGCUGAUCUAAUUCAACUUCAGAGUAUACAGGAUGAUAAAUUGAUCCAAAGAAGAAAACAAUUUGACCAUGAAGAUGUUAUAUAUGAAGUAGCCCAGAUAGAAGAAAGAGGGACUGGACUUUAUUCCCAUAAAAAUGCUAGAAGGAUAGAUUCACGACUAGAGUUCCCAAAUAGUCCACUUAGAAUCACCCCAAUGAAGAAAGGGAGAAACACUAGCUUGGCGGUUAGAAGAAAUAUAUCUAUAAAUAAAGAAUGACAGAAGAGAAAGGAGAAAGUCAAAAACAUGAUAGAAAAUAAAGACAAACAGGGGAUGAAAAAGCUAGCCAACUCUAUAUCUCCUGUGGGUCUUCUAGGGAUUCACAAAUAUCUCGGUCCACCUACUUUCCACAACAGCAGGAGAAGAAACUUGCCCUGAAAUAGGUCGAUUUAAAUAGCAGAAGC